GGAGGUGAGGCAGGUGAGACAGCAGCAGAGAGAGAGGGAGGGGAGGAUUAAACAAACUGAACUCAGCAGCAGGAUUAAAACCAGCUGAUGAGGACACAGAGUCCCAUCGGCUCGGGAGCCGAUGACAAACGUCCCGAAGUCCAGAAGCUGAGACGCUCUGUGGAGACGGGGUCAUGUACGUCCUGUGCACCCUGGCCGUCCUGACCCUGCAUAGCCUCUUCAAGAGCCGCCACUGCAAGGAGGACGGCCCAGAGGACGGAGGGACGUCCAGGACCCGAGGGGGUCUGGACAAAGCUGUGGACCGAAGAGGUGAAGGGAAGAGCAGGCGAGGGGUUAGGCGUUGUUACUCCCCCAACAGAAAGAGAGUCCAGACGUCCAACUCUCUGCUCGGCCUGGCGGCCAUGUUCAGCACAAGAAAGACCUGGGACCUCGGCCACGCCCACUUCCUGCAGGAACUCUGGAAGAACGACCUCUCAUUGGACGCGAGUUCAGUGGACUUUCUGAUGAGUGAUGUUGAAGACGACGCUUCCUUCUUGUCUCUGCCCACUGCCGCCUUCUCACAGCGUCCGUCUUUAUCCCCCGAGGUCAACGAAACAAGCGCACUCAGCCAGCAGCUGCUCAUCCAGACGCUGCAGGACAAAGUCUGUGAGUUUCAGACUCGUCUUCGCUCUGAAGAAGUGACUCGUCUCCUGCUGCUCCAGCAGCUGCAGCACAGUGUCCAGGAGAGGACGGCCAGAGGCGUCCAGGUCCAGGAGAGGACGGCCGGAGGCGUCCAGGUCCAGGAGAGGACGGCCGGAGGCGUCCAGGCCAGCAGUGUGAGGGUGUUUCCACCCGGUGAACGUCCAGAGGAAGAGCAGCUUGUAUCUCGGCUGCGCUCACAGGUGGAGGAGCUGGAGGAGAAGCUGUUGGACCAGAGUCAGGAGGUGGAGAGACUUCGCUCUGAACUGGGGGCGACAGACCUGGAGAAGCAGCUGGAGCUGCUGAAGGUGGAGAACGAGCGUCUGAAGCAGGAACUCAAGUCAUGGAGGAGCUCAGAACUUCAGAAGCUCAACGCUGCUGCAGAGACCUGCACCUGCAGCCACUGCCCCCACAUCCAGGAGGUGGAGUCUCUGCGGAGGGAGGUGUCCCACUGGGAGAACCAGGCCCGGCAGAGGGAGCUGGAGCUGGAGGUGGAGAAGAGCUCCAGACUGGACGAGUGGAGGAGGAGGAGGCCGGCUGAGGCUGAGCUGAGACUCAAGCUGGGUAAAGGGGCAACGACGCCCCCUACAGUCCAGACGCUGGAUUCAGACAAAGCUCUGGCUGAGAUGCAGAAGAAGAACGAGGUCCUGCAGUCUCAGCUUCACGAGUCCCAGAGGACCUGCACCCAGCUCAGGACACAGAUCCUCGUCUACGAAGGAGAGAUGGAGCGAGCUCAGGGUCAACUAGAGGCCGAGAUGCAGAACCUGGAGGAGGAGAAGAACCGAGUCAUCGAGGAGGCGUUUGUCAGAGCCGAGAGCGAAAUGAAGGCGGUCCACGAGAACCUGGCAGGUGUGCGUAUAAACCUGCUGACUCUGCAGCCGGCCCUCAGGACUCUCACCUGUGACUACAACUGUCUGAAGCGCCAGGUGCAGGACUUCCCUUUCAUGCUAGAUAAAGCCAUCGCUGAGGCCAAACAUGAAAUCUGUCAGGUGAUCAGCGAGGUGAGCAGCACCAACCAGGAGCUGCUGCGUAAAUACAAGAGAGAGAUGAACCUGAGGAAGAAAUGCCACAACGAACUGGUUCGACUCAAAGGUAACAUCCGUGUUUUCUGCCGCGUCCGGCCCGUCAGUCAAGAGGAGCAGGACUCCGCCGAUGCCAAAACUAUGCUGAGCUUCGACUCGGACGACGACGCCAUCCUCUACCUCUCCAACAAGGGCAAGAUGAUGACCUUUGACUUGGACAAAGUUUUCCCUCCUCAGGCCACACAGGAAGAGGUGUUCCAGGAAGUCCAGGCUCUGGUCACAUCUUGUAUCGACGGCUUUAACGUCUGCAUCUUCGCCUACGGUCAGACCGGCUCGGGGAAGACGUACACCAUGGAGGGCGUGGCUAAUGACCCCGGCAUUAACCAGCGAGCUCUGCGUCUCCUGUUCUCUGAGGUGACGGAGAAAUCUCCAGACUGGGAUUAUAAGAUCACCGUGAACAUGGUGGAGAUCUACAACGAGACACUGCGGGACCUGCUCAGGGACAAUCCCACAGACAAGCUGGACAUCAAGAUGAACCCUGACGGCAGUGGACAGCUGUAUGUCCCCGGACUGACUGAGUUCACCGUGCAGAGCCCCGAGGACGUCAACAGGGUGUUUGACCUGGGUUACGUGAACAGAGCGACGGCGUGCACCAACCUGAAUGAACACAGCUCCCGUUCUCAUGCUCUGCUCAUCAUCACAGUGUCUGGAUUCAACACGGCAACAGGAAACACGACUCAAGGGAAGCUGAACCUGGUGGACCUGGCUGGGUCCGAGCGGAUUGGGAAGUCGGGGGCGGAGGGAAGUCGUCUGAGAGAAGCUCAGUGCAUCAACAAGUCUCUGUCGGCGUUGGGGGACGUCAUCAACGCUCUGAGGAACAAACACGCCCACGUCCCCUUCAGGAACUCACGCCUCACCUACCUGCUGCAGGACGCCCUGAGCGGGGACAGCAAGACGCUCAUGAUGGUGCAGGUCUCUCCGUUGCCUGCAAACAUGAGCGAGUCGGUCUGCUCGCUGAAGUUCGCCCAGCGGGUUCGAAGCAUCGAACUAAGUUCCUCGUCCUCCAGGAGACACGAGAACUCGUCCACCUCGUCCUCACCGACCCAUGACAGCGUUGAGCUGGACUCCCCCCCGGUGACCCCGGUUCCUCUCCCCAUCUCUCGGGCCAGUAGUGCCGGUUCCACCCUCUCCUCGGCCUCCAGGACCCCGGGAGGCUCGCGGCGGAGGUCCCAGUCCCAGCUGACCACAGACAGACAGGUAGACAGAGGCAGCCCAUUGGUGGGGGACGGUGGGCAGGACGACUGAAGCUGACGGCCUGACGGACGCCACGGACGGACGCCACGGACGGACGCACGCCACGCACGGACGGACGCCACGGACGGACGCCACGGACGGACGCACGCCACGGACGGACGCACGCCACGGACGGACGGACGCCACGCUCGCUUCGUCCUGAUGGAUUGUGACGGGAAUCAAACUCUUCUCAUGUGUCAUCGGCCAAAUAUUCAACAUUUUCUUCCAAUCACAGUAUUUUUCUUUCAUUGUUGCACUUUAAUCCUCCUGAUGAUUUUCUACGCUGCCGUUCCAGAUGUGGUGGAUCAUGACAUUAUAAUAUAUUCACAACUCAGUAUUUAUGUUGGACAUGAGGACUUUUACUUUUCUGUUUGAGGUGAUCUUUAAAUUUUCAGAAAGCUUUUUCUUUCUCUGAAUGUUUGCUUUGUCCAUCAGGACGUCUGCUUUUAUUCAGAGACGAGCCUCUGUCCCACCUCCUCUCUUCUGCUGUCGUCCCUGGUCUAGGACACCCUGGUGACCUCUGACCUCAGACCGAUUAGCCGUAGCUGUAGUGAAGAGGAAUCAUGACGUCUGCCUGCUUUGUCUUCACUGUAGAUUCCUACAGGUGUUUUUUUUGUAUUUCCUUUUUAAUAAACACUUGAAACCAA